GGCCCUGUGGCGCGCCAGUUGCCGAGAGUUGUUCAAUGGGUGGGUCUCGCCGCGCUCGAUAGCCACCGCACCUUUGUGACAUUUUGCGGAGGACUGGUGGCAUUUGUGCGUCGCUUCUAGCACCGUCCAGCACAACUUGACCAAGAUGGGUCGCCUGACAGGCUGCUGCGGCUGUUUCGACCUGCGCGACGGGUCGCGGGCUAUCGGCAUCACGCUGCUCGUGCUGGGCAGCCUGGGCCUGGUCAGCGAGGUGGCCGGCACCAUACAGCUCUCCCAGCAGGAGAACGCGCAGAUGAACUCGUCGGUCAUUGUGCAGAUCGUGUUCCAGUUCGUGUUCUGCAUCCUGCACCUGGUGAUGAAUGCGCUGCUGGUUCACGGCGUCAACAACAGCCGGCGCGGAAUGCUGCUGGCCUGGCUCAUCUACACGGGCAUCGUCACCGGUCUGCAGAGCAUCGGCGUGGCCAUCGGCUUCAUCGCGGCGUGUGUGACGGGCGUCUGGUGGCUGAUCCUGCUCGUGGUCGCCGUGGCCGGCCUGAUCGCCGUCUUCUGGUACUGGUUCGUCGUGGUGCUGCACUACUACCAGGAGAUGCAGGAGAAGAACGGCUUCGUCUACGGCAAGCAGGCCAACGACGCGCUGUGAGGUGGAGUUGAUCUGUGAAGGUGUUGAUCUGUGACGCGCUGAUGAUUUGUGUGUAAAAUGUGCACCGCGGCCUGUCUGUGUAAAAUGUGUAUGCGCGACGCUGUGACUGCUGGGAAGAGACUUUUAAGGAUGACCUCAACUGGGUGUGUUCGGAAGUGUCCUUGCUGACCUGCUGUCGACAUCACUAAGGCACUUCGCGUCAUGUGUCCCCGUAACAGGUCGUGCAGGAAGUGUCAACUCACAACGCGGAAGGGAAGAAGACAAUGAGAACGUUGUGCCUUGGCACUUAAAAGCUUCAUUCUUUUGUAACCUUCUUCUUCGAUCUUCGAUUCUUCGAGCUUCUUCGAUCAGCCAUGCUGGAUCUAUUACUCCACCAUGGGUCGACGUGUAUUAAAUAGAGGCGUGGGUAAUGACUGGGAUAUUGGCCUGGGGUCAUGAGUUGACUCUUGCCGAGGACGUCAGAACAUUUGUGGCCUACCGCGGGAUGUAAGAUCUGCUAUUUUGUAAUAAAUGCUCUGAUGUAAC